GUUUUUUUUGUUUUUUUUUUUCUUUCCAGUGUAGCUAUAGUCCAAGUGCGAUCGUAGUCUCAGACUCUGUUUGAUCGGAAUAUCACGUUACGAACAUCGGAACAUUUGGAAUCACUAGAGAAGAAAAAGAAAAUGAAGAACACCAGGAAUAUCGGACUGGGAAUUGGUGAGAAAAAAAAUCAAUAACUGAUGACGAUGACGAGGAGAUCGAUACGGGACCAGGGAUGGAAAUAUUGCGAUAUUUCAUUGUGUCGUUAUUUUCUUCCACCCCUAAUCUUGACGACCUUAGAGUCUGCUGCGGCGCUCCCUGCCUGCCAGCAUUCACAUCUUUAAAUAGACGGCUAUUUUAAUGCGAACCAUAACGCGGCCCACGUGCUAGGGCUAAUAUGAGUCAGUGACAACUUUUUUAGGAACGCCCCCCCGGUGGUCAGUGAGAAGCAGAGCAGCCCCCCCUGAACUGAAAUCAGAGCGAGCUUAUACUGACGUUGUGGUCAACAGCGGAGAGCGGUACUGCUCGAUUCCGUACGACUAUGUCAUAUCGUAGUAAACUUCCCGCGUCCUGGAAUGACCAGCCGGCGGCGCGACAAGUGAUGAUCGAUCUGAGUUCCCCUGGCCUAGCCGUGUUCGAGCUGGAGAGGCUACUGUUCACAGGCAGAGCCAUCAUCAGCCACGCGGACGAAGUGUGGCCCAGACUUUACGUCGGUGACCAACAAAGCGCAGAAAACAAAUCUGAUCUGUCCAGGCAUCGGAUCACGCACGUCCUAAACGCGGCCCACAGCCGACGCAGAGGUCGGCCGGACAUCUACGAGGACAUGGCGGUCACAUACAUGGGUGUGGAGGCUCGGGACGCCUGCGACUACGACAUGAGCGCCAACUUCCGAUCAGCGGCAGACUUUAUCCACGCGGCUCUCAGCAGAGGAGGCACGGUCCUGGUGCACUGCCACGUGGGGGUGAGCCGUUCGGCCACUCUGGUCCUAGCCUACCUCAUGCUAAAGCAGAACCUGACACUGGUGGAGGCGAUCUGCGCCGUGAAGGACAACCGCGGCGUCAUACCUAAUCGGGGAUUCCUGCGACAGCUCAUCCGACUAAACCAGCAGCUGUUCGACAAACGGAGCUGAAAAUAUUUUGGUUGAAUUUCUUCUUAAAAAAAAAAAAUUAGGGAUGUCCGAUAUUAACCUUUUUGCGAUAUCCGAUAUACCGAUACUGUCCAAACAAUUAAUCUCCGAUUCCAAUAUCAACCGAUAUAGGCCUGGUAAUAUUUUUUUUUUUCUGUAUGAUUAUGCAAUUAAUUAAAUGAGCUACAAUGCUGCCCUCUAGUGACUAUCGCUUUCAUAUACAGCCGUUUUUUUCAUGUCAUUUGGCGUUAUCGGGUUUUUAUUAUCGGAAUAAAAUGCGGACAUCUGCUGGAUGGGGGCAAUGACGCAACUCCACAGAAAAAAAAUCUAUUUCAACAACAAAUAAAAAUAAAGAAAAGUGAUCAAUUUCUAUGUGGAAAAAAUACGAUUACUUUAUUAUUAAUUGUAUUUUUGUUGUUUUG